UAUUAUUUGAACAACUGUCAAGUUGUCAACUCAAGCAGAAUUUUAUAUUUUCAAAGUAAUUUGUACAAUUAAUGAAUCAACUUUUAAAAACAAAUUUAAAUUCAGCUUACGGCUCAAAUUAUAGAGCUCGUUUUAAAGGUAAAGUACUGCUUAAUAAAUAUGGGCCAGGGCCAAAGUCAAUUCACUGAGGAAGAACUACAAGAUUACGAAGAUCUGACGUAUUUUACUAAGAAAGAAGUGCUUUAUGCACAUCAAAAGUUUAAAGCCCUGGCCCCAGAGAAGGUGGGUCACAACAAAAACGCUAAGUUGCCAAUGGCCAAAGUUCUGCAGUACCCUGAACUGAGAGUGAACCCUUUCCGAGACAGAAUAUGCAAGGUGUUCAGUUCCAGCAAUGAUGGGGACUGUACCUUUGAAGAUUUCCUCGACAUGAUGUCUGUGUUGAGUGAAAAUGCACCCAAGGCUGUGAAAGCUGAGCAUGCUUUCAGGAUUUUUGAUUUUGAUGGUGAUGACAUGAUAGGAGUGUCAGACCUGCGAGAAGUGAUCGAGCGCCUGUGCGGCCCAGAGCUCAAGCUGAGUGACUCGGAGAUACAGCAGCUGGUGCAGAAUGUUCUAGAGGAAGCUGAUCUGGAUGACGAUGGAGCUUUGUCGUUUGCAGAGUUUGAACAUAUUAUUGAUAAGAGCUCAGAUUUCUGCCACUCAUUCAGAAUAAGACUGUGAAGAAUAUUACAAAACAUUCCACUCCACUUUGUCAUAAGUGAGCAUAAUAUGAAAUAUUAAAUUUUUAUAAAACAAACAUAAUAAUAACUGCCAUGCAAGUGAUGAUAUCUAGGUUAAAAGGUUAAUAAAACAAUGUACUUGUAGAAGCUUAGUUAAUAUAAUAAUUUCUAGAUUUUCUCAACCACAUUGUAUUGUAAUGAUGAUUAUGAGGUGUUUCACAAAAGUAUUGGCAUAAUAUGAUGAUAGCACCAAACCUAUUAAAAAGUGGAUGCACAAUCAUGACCAAAAAAUGUCCCCACACAAUGAGUGCCAAACUCAACUUCUUGGCACUCAAUUUAAGUAGUCGCAUUUGCAAAUUCAACCUUAAACUCAAUCCUUAAGGUUGAAUUUGCUCUGAAUUUGGGAUUUUAUUGAAUAUUGGACUUAAAGGCCUUUAGGUAUAAUUUUCUUUACCAAUAAUUUUAAAACUGUCAAAACAAAAUUGGCCAGUUUUCAAGUGAAAUUUUCUACAUGAUUGUGCAUCCUUUUAUUAUAAGAGGUCAAUGCACCAAACCUGUUAAGUGUUAUAUGAUUUGACGUCUCUUGGAUUCUGAAAGUAUAGAGAAGACUAAUGGAGGCUGGUAAUAGGUUUUUUUAUCACAACUUGUGUAUCUGUUUAUGCUAACCUUACAUGUACAUGAGUAUACCACCUUUAGUACAUGGCAAAUUCAUUAUAUGGGGCUCCAUAAUAUUUUUCAUGUUAUUAUUUAAUUUUAAUUACUGUAGUAGUUACCAAUAUUAGUACUACUAUUGUGUGCAUUUUAGUCAAAUAUCUAAUAAUAAUAUAAAUUAGAGAGCUGUGAUAGCCCAGUGGAUAUGACCUCUGCCUCCGAUUCCGGAGGGUGUGGGUUCGAAUCCGGUCCGGGGCAUGCACCUCCAACUUUUCAGUUGUGUGCAUUUUAAGAAAUUAAAUAUCACGUGUCUCAAUCGGUGAAGGAAAACAUCGUGAGGAAACCUGCAUACCAGAGAAUUAUCUUAAUUCUCUGGUAUGUGAAGUCUGACAAUCCGCAUUGGGCCAGCGUGGUGGACUAUUGGCCUAACCCCUCUCAUUCUGAGAGGAGACUCGAGCUCAGCAGUGAGCCGAAUAUGGGUUGAUGACGAAUAUAAAUUAAAUAUAUGCAUAUAUAUUUUUUAAAAAGAAUGUUUCCCAUAUUUUUUUAUAAUAUGAUCAGUAUUCCCAUUCCCCUCCAACUAGUCGGGAAAGACUACUAGGAGUGGGUACAACAGUAGACCAAUGGUGCGGGGAUCGAACCACCACCCCUCGGUGAUGAGUCCGACCACUCUCACUGUUGAGCUACUGAGGCUAUAAUAUGUAUAAAUUACCUGAAAAAAGCAUAUUUAUGAUGAAAAUAAGAUUAAUUUUAACAACAUAUUUAUUCCAAGAGAUCCUUCUUUCUGGUCUUUGGUUGUGUCUAACUAUAGUUAAUAGUUGAAAGUAUUUGUGCAAUUUUAUAACUGUUUUUUUUUCACUGUCAUUAUCACUGCUGGACAUAGGCAUUUUCCUCCUCGGCUCCUUGCAAACAGCUUUUUAUUUAUUAAUGUUCAAUUAUUUCUAUGCUGGUGUCUUGAGCAGGAGCCUCAUAUGGGCCUGUGGUAAUUUGCUAGUUCUUUCAGUCGCCACUCUAUAGUUUCGCCACUGCCAUUUAUAUUACAGUAUACUAUGCACAUUUGCUUACUGUAUAUAAAAAGUAACAGUUAUUCAGUAGCUCACAAUUGCUCACUUAAGACAACUUACGUAAUGUUAAGUCGAUAAUCAAAUCUCGAAUGUAUCUCACUUUUUAAACUAGGUGUUUGUGUAAACGUCCUUAUGAAGUAUAAUGUAGUGUCUUCCUUAGUUAAUUUUUAGUAUUAGAGGUGUGAGCUGUGAGGACCCACUGGUUUAACCUGCAAUUGGUCAAUGGGUAAAAACAAUACUACUAUGCUUGUAAAUAUGUAAUUCACAAUGAAAAUCAAUAGUGAAUUGGAAAUCUGUUUGAAAUAUAGUAUUUUAUAUUUAAUUAAGGGUUCAUUUACAAGAGCAGCAACUGCUACCGACGACUGCAGUCGACUGCCGUUGACUGCCGUCGAUUGCUCAACUGCCUCAAUGAGUAUAUAUGUUUAUAUACCCAUUGAGGCAGUCUAUUUAACCCGCGUUAAAUGUAUUUACAUAAUUGACUACUAAUAAUUAUAAUUUUUUAAUAUUUUAUUUAGGUGAAAAAAUUCAUCUGAUGGGUGUAGCCAGUGGUAUACAAAUCACACUUAUUUUUCUUUAGUCAAAUUUAUGAAUGUUUACCUUCUCAAUCCAUUGUGUUGUGAUGUACCUUUUUGAAUUUUAUAGAAAACUUUACUUAUAUAAUUUCUCAAGUAUAUUAUAGGAUAUUAUUGUACUCAAUGAACUGCCAAAUAUUUGAUAAGAUUAUAUUGUUUAGUGAACUUUAGCUUUUAAUAAAUAAAAGAUAUCUUCCACAGA